CAUUGUCAUGAUGUUCUUACACAAGUACUCAUGACCAGUUCUCUUCAAAGGCCAAGCCAUUGGAUAAACCACUCAAUAAAUAUGGAUACAUAUUUCACCAUACAUCACAACAUGAGUACACUUGAUAUAUUCACACAAUGAAAGAAUAUCAGUUCCCAUGUUGUGAUCUUGACUUUUGGGGCUAUUUUACGGUAUGUCUAUUGUUGGUGGCUCUGGCAGGCAUUGCAUCUGGCCUUGCUCUAGGACUACUGUCCUUCAGCCUAGUUGAUCUUGAGGUCCUCAUUAAGGCAGGUCUUCCAAAAGACAGAAAGAAUGCAGAAAGGAUUAGACCUUUGGUAAAGAAUGGACAUUUUGUCCUGUGUACCCUUCUUCUAGGAAAAUCACUGGCUAUGGAGGCAUUGCCAAUUUUUAUGGACUCAAUCAUCCCUUCUUGGUUUACUAUUCUCAUGUCGGCACCCUUGGUGACUGUGUUUGCAGAGAUUUUACCUCAAGCUAUAUGCUCUCGACAUGGACUGACUUUAGGAGCAAAGAUGGCUCCCCUUGUUCAACUGCUUCUGCUGAUCUUCUUCCCUAUAACCUAUCCUGCUAGUAAGGUGCUGGAUUGGGGUCUAGGGAAAGAACAUUCAGUUCUUCUCAGAAGAUCAGAAUUGAAGACAUUUGUGGACUUACAUGCAAAUGAGGCAGGGAAAGGGGGAGAAUUGUCACAUCAUGAAACUUCUAUAAUCACAGGUGCUAUAGAUUUGACUCAGAAGACAGCUAAAGAUGCAAUGACACCCAUAUCUCAAAUUUUUUCUCUUGAUAUAAAUUCUAAACUUGACAUGCAUACAAUGACACAAAUAAUGAGCCAAGGUCACAGUCGAAUACCAAUACACUCUGGACACGCAAGAAGUGUCAUUGGCCUCAUAUUGGUUAAAAACUUGAUAUUCUGCCGCCCUGAAGAUGAGACACCCAUAAAGAAUUUGAUUAUUAGGAAAAUUCCAAGAGUUUAUGACAGUUGGCCACUAUAUGAGAUAUUGAAUCAAUUCCAGAAGGGUCACAGUCACAUGGCUAUUGUCUUGAAAUCCAACAAAGACACAGAGAGCACUACAACUCGUGCUGUGGGUGCUCCCACCUAUUUUAAUAGAAUUACUCCUAAAACAUCAAAUUCGGCUCAUGCUGAAGUUGUUGCAGGUAACAUCUUACAGAAUUUAGCCAUGGUAUCAUAUCAAACAGAACAACAUUUUACUUUAGAUGAAUUGCAAAACAAAAGUAGAAAAAAGUUACAAUCUUGGGAGAGAAAAAAUCAUUUAUCUUUGUCAAUCUGGGACUUGCAGAAUCUGAUUCUUCCUUUGUCCUUGAAAUGAGUCAGAGAAGUUCUGUACAUGAAUCCUGUUUAAACUCCAGUGAUGCGGAAUUUCAUAGUCCAACAUUAAGAAAUGUCAUGGAACUAGACAGUGAAGCGAGUCAAGAAAAUGAAUAUUUCCCACAGGAACAAAUAGAUUCUCUUCCAGAUGUUAUAGAUGAAGAGGUUAUUGGCAUCAUCACAAUGGAAGAUGUCAUGGAGGAACUGUUACAGGUUAGAAUGGAUUUUAUAAUAUACUGUCAAUAAUGCAGAAUACACUUCAAAGUGUUGAUUUUUCCGUUUAAUAUCUUAAACUUUUUAGCUACCAACUAACCAAUUUGAUUCAUAGGAGUUUAGUGAAAUGUUUAAUCAUUGUUUGAAACAUCAAACUCAUCAUGUUAUACAAUACUGAUUGCUAUCUACUUUUUUCAUUUACAAGAAAGACAUAUUGGAUGAAACUGAUGAA